CCUUGGCCGUUUGGUGGGUGGGGACCCACGCGGGUUCAACAUGUGUAUGGAGAAGUGUUAUUUCUGUUUGGGGCCAAUCUACCCUGGCUACGGCAUAAUGUUCAUUCGCAACGAUUACAAGGUGUUCAGAUUUUGUAAAUCCAAAUGUCAUAAAAACUUUAAAAAGAAGCUCAAUCCUCGCAAGGUCAGAUGGACUAAAGCCUUCCGGAAAGUAGCCGGUAAAGAGCUUACAGUGGAUAAUUCAUUUGAAUUUGAAAAACGUAGAAAUGAACCUGUCAAAUACCGGAGAGAGCUAUGGAAUCAAACUAUUGAUGCAAUGAAGAGAGUUGAAGAGAUCAAACAGAAACGCCAAGCCGAAUUUAUAAUGAACAGAUUGAAGAAAAAUAAAGAGCUACAGAAAGUUCAGGACAUCAAAGAAGUUAAACAAAACAUCCAUCUUAUCCGAGCCCCUCUUGCAGGUAAAGGAAAGCAGCUGGAAGAGAAAAUGGUACAGCAGUUACAACAGGAUGUGGACAUGGAAGAUGUUUCUUAAAAAUCACAGUGUAACCAUUUCUAUAUGUACAUUUGAAAGUGUCCUUUGGAGACUAUAACUUCUAAGUUAUUGGUUUAUUUUUUACAUAAGGUCACUCAAAUGAAAGGUGAUUAAAAAUGUAUUUCCUACGUUGCUGUCUGCAAAACAUCAGAUAAUAUGGAUGUUGGAUUGCAUCUCAAUGUUAAACCUUCACUGAUAGAUGUGCUUUAUGUAAAUUAUGAAAAUUCUCUUUGUAAAUACAGAAAUGAAUUGUGGACAAAAUGGUCAUGCCAUUUGGAUAAUGGCACUAGACAGUAUUUAUAUAAUAACUUAGGACAAAAAUUCUAGCUAGUGAUAUGUAAAAUAAAAUUUUCUUUGCA